UUUAAAUGUAUUUUGUUUUAAAACUAUAAAAUCAUCUGUGUUAAUAUCUUAAGAUGCAUUUCGGAGCUGUGUCUUUCUUCCUGACCCCAGACAGACUGAGUGUAAUGGGUCGACAGCGGUCGAUACAGCAGCCGCUCUCCUUUUUUCAGAGAACGGUGAGAUGUUGACUCAAGGUGUUGCAGCAUCUCCGGAAUGCUAUUGAAGCCUUAUUUGAAAAGUCGCUGUUUGUCUGCAUGGCUCCGAAGGAUUUCAAGUGUUUCUGUCACAGACUGUUAUGUCACUCUGGACCAAGUCUAAAAUCUUUCGGGGGGGGUCUGAGAGAGUGCACCUGCUCGUGCGUCUUGACUUGGAGACCAGGGUCCAAAGGACGGAGCAUGCGCGCCGGCCAGGACAGUCUCGUGGCUCGGUGUUUUUCUGUCCUCUCGGCUGAAGCCCCGGCUGACAAUAAACAGAUGAAGGCGGCCGCGGGACCUGUGCCACCCCGAUGGGAGGAGAGGACGGAGCAGAGGGCAGGUCCGGCAGGGCGCGGCCUUCUUCUUCUCCCGCGGCACCUCAUCUGCACUGUAGUAGGAUCUCUUCCAUUUCUGCCAACAGCCCUGCGCCACAGGGACGCAUUGAGAACAAACCAGAGAGGCAGAAACCGCUGCGGGGACACCCUUUGACCGCCGUGCCCAACAGGCACAGCCUGCCUACGCACCGCGCGCCUCCCUGUCUGUCUGUAGCCCGUUUCUCACAGCUCCGACACAGAGAGAGCGCUUUGAACCUGCCUGCCAAGAUAAACUCACCUCGCCUAUUUAUGCCCCUGCCUCUGCGUGCACUCGGGACAGGAGGGUGUCAGCAGCGCACGGAACAGGUUCGGGUCAUUGCAGCUCGUCUCUUGCGGCGCACUGGCCACUUUUACGCGCCGGGAAUGGCGACUUUUGGGGACUCGGGGAUGAGUCCUGCUACGUUACCUCCACUCUAAAACAACCACGGGGGACCCACACGAGGGGACACGACAAGAGAAAUACAGCGGUGACAUUUUGGCCACCCGCCGGGGGCGAGGGUGACACACCGGCCCCGGGGCGGAAUGCUACUCCCGACGCUGGUGACGUGCCUCGCCGGGUGCGCCUUUCUCCUCUCGCCGGUCAGCGAGGGCUGUGGACCGGGUCGAGGUUAUGGCAAGAGGCGGCCACAGAGGAAGCUUGUGCCGCUUGCCUACAAGCAGUUCAGCCCCAACGUGGCCGAGAAGACUUUAGGGGCCAGCGGGAGAUACGAGGGGAAAAUAACGCGAAACUCUGAGCGCUUCAAGGAGCUCACCCCGAACUACAACCCCGACAUCAUCUUCAAGGAUGAGGAGAACACAGGUGCAGACCGCAUGAUGACACAGCGCUGCAAGGACAAGCUCAACUCUCUGGCCAUCUCUGUGAUGAACCUCUGGCCCGGGGUCCGCCUGCGGGUCACCGAGGGCUGGGACGAGGACGGCCACCACUCGGAGGAGUCGCUGCACUACGAGGGCCGAGCGGUGGACAUCACCACCUCGGACCGGGACAGGAACAAGUACGCCAUGCUGGCGCGGCUGGCCGUGGAGGCCGGGUUCGACUGGGUCUACUACGAGUCCAAAGCCCACAUACAUUGCAGCGUCAAGUCAGACCACUCAGUGGCCGCCAAGUCUGGAGGUUGUUUCCCCGGCGAGGCUUUGGUCACGUUGGAGAGCGGCGGUCAGAAGUCGAUCAGUGAUCUGCAGCCUGGUGAACGGGUCCUGGCCUCGUCAGGCAGUGACGGCAGCGGUGAGCUGGUUUACAGCGAAGUCCUGACCUUCCUGGACCGUGACCCUGUGACCCAGAAACUUUUCUACACUCUGCAGACAGAAUCCAGGAUGCAGCUCUCUCUCACCGCCGCCCACCUAAUAAUUGUAUCCGAGGGGAACUGCUCAGAGGGGGCUGUCCCAACCCCCGGCACCCUCAGGACUGUGUACGCCAGUGAUGCCAGGCCGGGGCAGUGUGUGCUGGUGUUAGAGGGUAAACCAGGGCAGAAUCACAGAGAGGGACGUCUGUCUCGAAUCACGCAGGUCACCCUGAGGGAGAGGAGGGGGGCGUUUGCUCCGCUGACCCAGCAUGGGACAGUGGUGGUGGACGGGGUGGUUGCAUCCUGCUACGCCAUGGUGGACCAACACUCCCUGGCUCACUGGGCCUUCUCCCCGCUCAGGCUCAUGCACAGCUGGACUGGCACCACUGGACCCCACAGUGAUGGGAUCCACUGGUACUCUCAGCUUUUACACUGGCUCGGGAGGCUGCUGCUAGACUCCGGUCGCCUCCACCCGCUGGGCGUGGCUCAGGACGGCAGGUGAGGGAGGGGAAAAAGGUUCAGAAAGGAACCUGAACUCCUUCACCUUGUGACUGACAUGGACCCCAAAUACAAACCUGUAAAGCUGAACAGGAACCACGACAAACUACCUACAGGAUGGGAGUUUGGGUUCCUGCUGAGGCAUGAUGGGAGUUUUUCAACUGGGAAAACAGAGGGGGGGGGGGAAUCUGUGAACUGACACAGAUGAAUUCCUCUAAAUCUCAGAAGGAGAUAUAAGAAUAUGAGAUCACGCAGAGUCAGAAUGAGCUCAAAACACAGGGUUUUGACUAUGUAUCCUUGAAACACUAUGGACCAAUAAUCCUGUUAUUAAUCCUUCAUCUACCCCAGAAAACACACUAAGCACCUUAACUUAAAGUGGAGAUUGUUUGAAAUCGAAAAACUAAACACAUUAAACGUUGGGAUUGUGGUCGACCUUAGUGGUCUAAGAUAUUUUCAGGUUCAAAUAAAUUAAUUGAAGGAUAGUUUUUGUUUUUAUUGGACACUGUUAAGGGGUUCUUACUCCCUAAAUACUCUUAAACUGUGCCGCUAAUCUUUUUAUAGUUAAUUAAAACCAUAAAAAUCGAAUAUCGAUACAUUGCAAAAUGGUUAUAUCAAUAAAUCGUAACAUAAUCUGGGGUUUCAGUGGAUUUUCUGAAUGAUUAGAAGGGGAUUGAAAUGUGUCGAUCACAUUUAAGGGGUUUUUAACCCUCAGAAAAGCCCUUUUAAAACCCUUAAUAUAAUACGUUCCAUGAAUGUAUCAAUAAUUUACUAUUAAUCUGGGGUAAUUCUUUCAAAUGCAUGAAAAUUAAGUAAGAACUCCUUCAAAUGUCAUUCAUUUGUACCUGAAGAUAAAAAAUUCAAACCUUAAUAACACCUUUCACUAAUGAAAUAUUCAAAAUUCAUGUGUGAAUUAAGAAGUUGGCCAAUUUAAAACCCUUAAACCACACAGGUAAUCCAUUAAGAAGAUUAUGUAUAAAAUAAGUGAUUAAAACCCUUUAUAAUACCUUGAGUGUGAUAACAUUAAUGUGUAAAUCAAUCAAUUAAUAGGAAUUUGAGGGAUUUAGUUUGAUAGUGUCCACGGGGAUGUUGUGCUCUUUGUAAACAAGUUGUAUGUAACAUUACUGCUUUAACACAGAGGUUUUAGAAUAAAUGAUAGUGUAUUUAAGUGUUUUAUUUGUUUACCAGAAAUCCUGUAAUGUUUUAUGAAGUUAUUGUGGGUGAAGAGAUAUGAAAAAAAGAUUUAUUUUUGAAAUUAAAUUAUAUGGAAAUGA